AUGGGAAGGUCUCCUACUCCAACAAGUAGGGAUGAUGAAAAUAACCUCAGAAAAGGUGCAUGGACCCCUGAAGAAGAUCAACAGCUUAUCAAUUACAUCCAAAAUCAUGGCCAUGGAAGCUGGAGAUCCCUCCCUAAACUUGCUGGUCUUAAAAGAUGUGGAAAGAGUUGCAGAUUAAGAUGGACAAAUUAUCUAAGACCCGAUAUCAAGAGAGGAAAAUUCUCACAAGAAGAAGAGAACAUGAUCAAUCACCUUCACUCCAUUCUUGGAAACAAAUGGUCCACGAUAGCAACACAUUUACCUGGACGUACGGAUAAUGAAAUCAAGAAUUACUGGAAUACACAUAUGAAGAAGAAACUACUCCAUAUGGGCAUUGACCCGAUGACCCAUAGGCCGAGAACCGACUUGUUUUCUUGCUUGCCUCAGCUACUAGCUCUAGCUAACAUCAAAGAGUUACUUGAACAUAAUCAACUAGCUCAAAAUCUUCAAUAUGUCAACCUUUUGCUCCAAAAUAACACACAACCAUCAAACAUGUACCGAACGAAUAUGAUUCCUCCCUUACACGAAGAAAAACCUAAUUUUAUGAACGAAAUUCCACAAGAACUUUGUCAAGAAAGUGAAGAAAUCAAACAAUUUCUUUUGGGAAAUUCUAAUCUUACCCAACCACUCCAUGAAGUCUCAAUCAUGAAUUUACCAUCAAUUACUAAUGAUCAUGAAGUCAUGGGUCAUCUCACUAGCCAAUCAAGACUGACAAAUGUCAAUUCAUCGUCUUCAUCAUCAUCAGUCACCAGCUGGACUCCUAUUCCACCAUUGAUCGACACCACCGCCACCAAUAAUAGCGGUUCAAUUGAGAGUGGCAGCGCUAUUAGCUACGGUGGAGAUGGAGGAGCUUCUUCGUAUAACUGGCCGGAGUUUUUGUUUGAAGACUCUUUCUUGGAUGAGAAUUUACAAGAGAUAUGUUGA